UCUGCGCAGUGGCGCGCCUUCUAACGAGAGAGGAGUUCGUUUUAUCAUUUUUAUGUCUAAGUUUAUGUGUUUUCCGAAUUAUCUCAAGUAAAUAUCUCAUGAAAACGUUGUUGUGAUUAUGUGUUAUCAUUUUAUGCGUGUUGGCGGCGUAUGAUAAGGGUGUUGCAAGGGGGUGACCGGGCGGCGCGAUGGGGGACAGUUUCUUGCACCUGGGGGACAUCGUGUCCCUCUACGCCGAGGGCUCCGUCGACGGCUUCCUCAGCACCUUGGGGUUGGUCGACGACAGAUGCGUGGUGUGCCCCGAGGCCGGCGUGCUGACGGAUCCACCCAAGAAGUUCAGAGAUUGCCUGUUCAAAAUAUGUCCGAUGAACCGAUACUCGGCGCAGAAGCAGUUCUGGAACACGGCCAAGCAGUCCACCAACACCAACGCGGACACCGACACGGGGCUGCUGAAGAGACUGCACCAUGCGGCGGAGAUCGAGAAGAAACAGAACGAGAUGGAGAACAAGAAGCUGCUGGGCACGGUGGUGCAGUACGGCUCCGUCGUCCAGCUACUCCACGUCAAGUCCAACAAGUAUCUCACGGUGAACAAGAGGCUACCAGCUCUGCUAGAGAAGAACGCAAUGCGCGUGCACUUAGACGCCAACGGGAACGAGGGGUCGUGGUUCUACGUCAUACCGUUCUACAAGUUGCGUUCUACAGGUGACAACGUGGUUGUGGGCGACAAGGUGAUCCUGAACCCUGUGAACGUGGGCCAGCAGGUGUUACACGUGUCCGCCAGCCACGAGCUGCCCGACAACGCCGGCUGCAUGGAGGUGAACGUCGUUAACGCCCCCACGUCGUGGAAAGUAACUCUAUUUCUGGAGCACAAAGAGAACCAAGAAGAAAUACUCAAAGGCGGCGACGUCGUGCGUCUCUUUCACGCCGAGCAGGAAAAGUUCCUCACCAUGGACGAGUAUAGAAAGAGACAGCAUGUGUUCCUCAGGACCACCGGCCGGUCCAGCGCGACGGCCGCUACCAGCAGUAAAGCGUUGUGGGAGAUAGAGGUUGUGCAACACGAUCCGUGUCGAGGCGGCGCCGGCCAUUGGAAUUCCAUUUUCCGAUUCAAGCAUCUCGCCACUGGGCAUUACUUGGCUGCUGAGGCGUGUACUAAAUCAGAAAAUAGCGGCGAGCACGAUGAGCCAGCGUACCAGCUAGUGUCUGUGCCGCACUCUUCUGAAAUCGCGACACUAUUUGAGCUGGACCCCACCACGAUGACGCAUUCCGACGCGCCCGUGCCGCAGAGCAGCUACGUCAGGUUGCAGCAUUUAUGUACGCACACGUGGGUAUAUUCCACGACCAUUCCAAUAGACUUUGAACUAGAGAAGCCUGUCAUGUCAAAGGUGGGGUGCUCAAUAGUGAAGGAGGACAAGGAGGCGUUUGCCCUGAUCUCUGUGUCGCCGAGCGAGGUGCGCGACCUCGACUUCGCCAACGACGCUUGCAAGGUGCUCUCCGCGCUCUCCACCAAGCUGCAGCACGGGGACAUCGAGCAUAAUGAGAUGAAAGCGCUCACCUGUCUCCUCCAAGACAUAGUGUACUUCAUAGCGGGGUUCGAGAACGAGCCCAACAAGUCCAAGGCCCUCGACCUGGUCGUAGAGAACCCAGAUAGGGACCGACAGAAGCUGCUGCGAGAGCAGUACGUUCUCAAACAGCUGUUCAAGAUAUUGCAGGCACCAUUCCAAGAAUCUCCAGAAGGUCAGGAGCCGUUUUUGAAGAUAGAGGAGCUGUACGACCCGCGGUACGCGCCCUACAAGUUCAUAUUCCGGCUCUGCUACCGAAUUCUGCGGCUCAGCCAACACGAUUACAGGAAAAACCAGGAAUACAUAGCAAAACACUUCGGAUUCAUGCAGAAACAGAUCGGCUACGACAUAUUGGCCGAAGACACGAUUACAGCACUGCUGCAUAACAACCGGAAACUUCUAGAGAAACACAUCACUGCAUCUGAGAUUGAGACUUUUGUUGGUCUGGUACGCAAGAACAUGAAGACGUGGCAGUCGCGGUUCCUGGACUACCUGAGCGACCUGUGCAUCUCCAACAAGAAGGCCAUCGCCGUCACUCAGGAGCUCAUCUGCAAGAGCGUGCUCAGCGCCACCAACUCCGAUAUACUCAUUGAGACCAGGUGUGGCGUCAAGAAUUACGAAGCGACGACUGGUAAAAGCAGAAGAUUGGUCUCAACAAAAUACGAGAACAUCCCAAAAGAUAGCGGCGAGAAAUACACGACAGUCGAAGAUGAAAUUGUGCUUGUUUGGCAUAAUAAACAGAAAUCCGAGUUGCUGUCCAAGUUAGCGGCGGACGCGGCUGCAGAUCCGCGGUGUGAGGCGGCCGCCAUCCUCGACUACUAUCGCCACCAGCUGGACCUGUUCUCCAACAUGUGCCUCAACCGACAGUACCUCGCGCUGAAUAGCCUGUCACAGCAGCUCAAUAUCGACCUUAUACUCAAAUGUAUGUCAAACUCCGCGCUGCCGCACGAGGUGCGCGCGUCGUUCUGCCGGCUGAUGCUGCAUUUACACGUGGAUCGCGACCCGCAGGAGCCCGUCACGCCCGUCAAGUACGCUCGCCUCUGGACCGAGGUGUGCGACCGCAUACACGUGCAUGACUAUCAAUGCGCCAAGGGCGGGCCGGACGCGACGCGCGAGAAGGUGAAGGAGCAGUUCGCGUCCACUAUCCGCUUCGUGGAGAACUACCUGUGCAACGUGGUGACCCGCACGUGGUACUUCAGCGACCAGGACCAGAAUAAACUCACCUACGAGGUGGUGAAGCUGGCGAGGGAUCUCAUAUACUUCGGGUUUUACAGUUUUAGCGACUUACUCCGCAUCACGAAGACGUUACUCAGUAUCCUGGACUGCGUCACCGCCAUCGACCUGAUAAAUGAGACCAGUGCGCUUACCGGGGAGGUUGAAUCUCAGGAAGCUGAUUUAAAACAGCCGGAGGGUGGUGUUCUAAGAACGAUAGGUGAUAUGGGUGCUGUCAUGACUUCUAUCACCCUGGGCUCUGUAGCUCGAAACAUCGUUGGCGGCGGCACGGCGCAGCGCAGCCCGUCGGCGUUGGCGCUGGCACGGAAACACCCUCUAGUCAUGGAGACCAAACUCAAGAUCAUCGAGAUAUUACAGUUCAUAUUGGACGUGCGACUGGACUACCGCAUCAGCUGCCUGCUGUCGAUAUUCAAGAAGGAGUUCGAGCAGACGGGCGAGAGAACGCCCGAGUCGCUGGCGAAGGCCGACGUCGAGGCAAUAGGGCUCCAAGCGGAGGGCAUCUUCAGCUGUCGAGCAAUACAGACUGUGCCUGACAACUGUCUUCCAAAAAAUGUAGAUUUGGACGGUCUGGACUUGGACGAGUGCGGGGGGCGGAUGGUACUGCGGGUGCUGCUACAGCUGUGCUCGCAGAGCGCGUCCGCGUCGCUCGUGUCGGGCGCACUAGCGUUGCUGUUCAGACACUUCAGCCAACGACAUGAAGUGCUGCAGGCUUUUAAGCAGGUCCAACUGCUAGUGUCAGACGCGGACGUGGAGUCGUACAAGCAGAUAAAGGCUGAUCUGGACGUGCUGCGGCAGAGCGUCGAGAAGUCGGAGCUGUGGGUGUUCAACAAGGGCCGCGCUGGCGUGCUCGACGACGGCGAUCACAAGGGUACAGUGGGGCCGGGCGGGGCGGUGCUGGAGCGAAACGCCUCCAUGGACAAUGUGCUAGACAAGGAAGGAAAAGCGACAAAAGGUGAUCACAUGAGCGAAUACCAGAAAGUCAAACAGAUACUCAAGCGCAUGAUAAAGUAUUGCACGCAUGGAAACAGCGACGCGGCGGGCGAGCCGAGUCGGCCGCGACGCCACGAGCAGCGGUUAUUACGCAAUAUUGGCGUACACAACGUCGUACUUGACUUACUACAAGUGCCUCACGACGAAGCUGAUAAGGACAUGGAUGAGUUGCUGGCUUUGGCACACGAGUUCCUCCAGCGGUUCUGCCACGGCAACCAGCAGAAUCAGGCUAUACUGCACAAACACCUUGACCUCUUCCUCAACGCUGGGACUAGAGAAGCCCAAACCGUGUGCGCGAUAUACGAGGACAACGCAGCAUUAUGCGGCCACGAAGCUAACGAGAAAGUGGCGGCUCACUUCGUACACUGUAUCGAGACGCGCGGCCGCCGCCCCGCCUAUUUGCGGUUCUUGCGGACGAUCGUGCGUGCGGGUCCGACGCAUAUACGACGAAGUCAGGAUCUAGUCAUGCAAGAGAUGGUAAACGCUGGAGAGGAUGUCCUAGUAUUCUACAACGAUAAAGUCUCCUUCAACUACUUCAUUCAAAUGAUGCGCCAGUACAAACAAACCAAUGAGAUGCCGGAGGCUUUAACAUACCACAUAGACCUGGUGAAGCUGCUUACGUGCUGCACUCUCGGCAAGAACGUGUACACGGAGAUCAAGUGCCACAGCCUGCUGCCGCUCGACGACAUUGUCAAUACCAUCACGCAUGCUGACUGCAUACCGGAGGUAAAAGAGGCGUACGUAGGCUUCCUCAACCACUGCUACAUUGACACGGAGGUAGAGAUGAAGGAGAUAUACUCGAGCAACUACAUGUGGGACCUGUUCGAGCGGUCCUUCCUGCUGGACAUGCAGGCCAUCCUGCAGGCGGACCCUAACAGCGGACCUGUGGCGUCUAGCUCAACCCAGGAGGCGCGAUCUCCAGGCCCCAGCAACUCGCGGCAGGCGUGGGUCAACUACGUCACAGACGUGCUCAUGCACACUAUAUGCACGUUCUUCAACUCGCCAUUCAGUGACCAGAGCACUACUGUACAGUAUCAGUAUCAGACUCGCCAGUCUAUCUUCGUGAAAUUACUUCAAACAACAUUCCGUAUCUACCAAUGUCCCUGGCUUACACCACCACAAAAACUCAACGUUGAAAAAUGCAUCAGGACACUGAGCGAAGUUGCAAAAUCUCGCAGUAUAGCGAUCCCGUUGGAACUUGAAGCCAAAAUACAGACGGUGUUCGAAAAAGCGGCCGCGCUCUCGCGACAAACCAGCAAGUGGCUACUGGCGUCCAAAACAUCCAAACUAGAGAAGAUGGCGUCUCAGUCAAACCUCCAAAACGACCGGUCGGUAAUGGAAGGUCUGCAGGAGAUAGUCGCGCUGCUGGAGGAGCAGCUGCGGCCACUGCUGCAGGCGGAGCAGUCCCUGCUGGUGGACAUCCUGUACAAGCCGCACAAGCUGUUCACCAGCCCCGGCGAGCUCACUCAUCCCGACACCGCUGGGAUAUUCAUCUCCAGGCUCAUCCGCCACACAGAGAAACUGUUGGAAGAGAAAGAAGAGAAGCUGUGUGUAAAAGUGCUGCGGACUCUGCGAGAAAUGAUGGCGGUCGAUCCGGAAUAUGGGGAGAAGGGCAAUCAGUUGCGUAACAAAUUGCUAUCGCAAUACUUCAUUAAUCGCAAGUCGGAGCCGAAAAUACAAGUUCCUGCGGCCAGCGUUACCGUCACACAUGGACCGGGAGCUGACAACCUCCAGCAUCAGCCGAAGAGAGCUAAAAUUCUCCUGCGCACGGGUCAGACGCUGGCUCAAGUGCAGGCGCACCUGGACCGGGAGGGCGCUUCAGACCUGGUGGUGGAGCUCGUCAUCAACAGCACCAACCGCCAGGCCAUCUUCCUCGAGGCCAUACAGCUCGGCAUAGCUCUUCUAGAAGGCGGGAAUCCCACCAUACAACACAGUAUAUUCACCAAACUCCUUAACGGAGAGAUAUCUCAAGCUUUCUUGAAGGUGUUCUACGACAAGAUGCGCGAGGCUCAACAAGAGAUUCGGUCGCUGGCUGUGAGCACCACCAACGCUACGGGCGAGAAACGCCCCUCCACCACCGACAAACAGAAGUCCCCAUCUGCUGACGGAGCCAAGAGCGAGAAGAAUGCAGGGGGACCGUUGGUGGUGGGAGAAGACAUGGACGACGAGGUCAACAACGCCUGCAGCGCCGCCGUCAACGCCUAUUCUGACAUACACACAAUGUCACAAGGCACAACUGUAUUAGAAGAAAUAAUGGCGGAAAAGAAAAGUGAAAAAAAUAACGACGUCCUUCCCCCUAAAGUAGCAGUUAUGAAGCCGAUACUGCGGUUCCUUCAACUGCUCUGCGAAAACCACAACCCGGAACUUCAGAAUCUCCUACGCAACCAGAACAACAAGACAAACUACAACUUGGUGUCAGAGACGCUCAUGUUCCUGGACUGCAUCUGCGGCUCCACUACGGGCGGCCUCGGGUUGCUCGGCUUGUAUAUUAAUGAAGGAAAUGUUGCGCUUAUCAACCAAACGCUGGAAACGCUGACCGAGUACUGUCAAGGUCCAUGCCACGAAAAUCAGAAUUGCAUAGCGACACAUGAAAGCAACGGUCUUGACAUUAUAACGGCAUUAAUUCUAAACGACAUUAAUCCGCUGGGCAAGACGCGUAUGGAUCUAGUGUUAGAGCUCAAAAACAACGCCUCCAAAUUACUACUGGCCAUCAUGGAAUCCAGGAACGACUCGGAAAACAACGCCGAGAGGAUACUCUACAAUAUGAACCCUAAACAGCUUGUAGACGUGGCGUGUUCGGCGUUCCACCAGGAGCACGCGAUGGACGGUGACUCCGACUCCGAGGACGACUCGCCCGUGCAGGGCGUCUCGCCGAAGGAGGUGGGGCACAACAUCUACAUCCUGUGCCAUCAGCUGGCGGCGCACAACAAGGACUUGGCGGCGCUCGUGCGGGCAACGCCCAGCGGACCCGCCGCACCCGCACUCAACUACUACCGCACACACACGGCGCAGAUUGAGAUAGUGCGAACGGACCGCAGCAUGGAGCAGAUCGUGUUCCCGAUCCCGGAGAUCUGCGAGUACCUGCCGGCGGAGAGCAAGCUGCGGGUGCUGCAGACGGCCGAGCAGGACGACCAGGGCAGCAAGGUCGCGGACUUCUUCUCCCGGCUGGAUAACCUGUUCCAUGAGAUGAAGUGGCAGAAGAAGUUGAGAGGUCAAUCGUUCCUGUUCUGGGUGUCGUCCUACAUGUCGUUGUGGAGCAACAUACUGUUCAACUUCGCGGUGCUCAUCAACGUCAUAGUCGCAUUCUUCUAUCCCUUCCAAGAUGAAAAGCCAAAGCUGGGCCAGCACCUGUCAGCGAUAGUGUGGUGUGCUGUGCUGACGGCGGGGACGCUGGUGGCGUGGUUGCCGCGCGGCUCGGGGGCGCGCGCGCUGCUCGCCAGCGCCAUAGUCCGCCUGAUAUUCUCCGCCGGACCAGAGCCCACGCUGUGGAUGCUGGGCAUGGCUACUAUAGUGGUGAAAGGCAUCCACCUGGUGAGCAUCAUGGGCAACCAGGGCACGCUGUCCAAGUCCACGCGCUACGUGAUCACAGACCCCGAGCUGCUCUACCACAGCGUCUACCUCGUCUUCUGCUUCCUCGGCAUAUGCUGCCAUCCGUUCUUUUUCUCUGUUCUGCUGCUGGACGUGGUGUACCGCGAGGAGACACUGUUGAACGUGAUGCGGUCAGUCACCCGCAACGGCCGCUCCAUCCUGCUGACCGCCGUGCUGGCGCUCGUGCUCGUCUACUUGUUCUCCAUCGUCGGUUACAUGUUCUUCCGCGACCACUUCCUGCUCAGCGUCGACCGGCUGGAUGAUGACGACGACCCGCGCUUCGACAACGGCUGCCUGUCGGACGAGGGCGAGACGUGCACAGUCGCGCCCGCGCCCACGUCGCGCUACACGCGCCCGCCGCGCUUCGUGAGCGUGGGCGGGGAGCUGCGGGAGCGGAGCUGCGACUCGCUCAUCAUGUGCAUCGUGACAACGCUCAACCAGGGGCUGAGGAACGGCGGCGGGAUUGGGGAUAUACUGCGCGCGCCGGCUAGCUUUGAGCCGCUGUUCGUGGCGCGCGUGGUAUACGACCUGUUGUUCUUCUUUGUCGUCAUCAUCAUCGUGCUGAACCUCAUCUUCGGUGUCAUCAUCGACACCUUCGCCGACCUCAGGAGCGAGAAGCAGCAGAAGGAGCUCAUACUGAAGAACACCUGCUUCAUUUGUGGUCUGAACCGGUCGGCGUUCGACAACAAGACGGUGUCGUUCGAGGAGCAUAUCAAGAGCGAGCACAACAUGUGGCACUACCUGUACUUCAUGGUGCUGGUGCGGGUCAAGGACCCCACUGAGUUCACCGGCCCAGAGAGCUACGUGCACUCCAUGAUUAAGUCUAACAACCUGGAGUGGUUCCCGCGUCUGCGCGCGCUGUCGCUAGUGGGCGGGGGCGAGGGCGACGCGGGCGAGCUGGAGGCGCGGCACCUGCACGCGCAGCUCGAGCGUGCGCAGGACGCCGUGCGCACGCUCACCGCGCUGCUCACCGAGCUGCGGGACCAGAUGACGGAGCAGCGGAAGCAGAAGCAGCGGAUCGGUCUGCUGAACUCCACGUCCGCGUACCUACAGAACCUGCAGAUGAACCUGCCGCCCUAGGGCAGCCUAGAGACGCCCUAGAACGCCCUAAAGCCGCCCUAGGGGCGAAACAGUCAGGUGACUACUACUAGUAGGCACACCACCUGAAAAUUGAUUUUUAUUUUGUUAAAUUAAACAACUCGAAGAACAGAUAUUAAUAUAAGUAAUUUAUUUCAUCGCACAAGAAACAGUUGUACGUGUGAUACGUUUUUGCCCUUAUAUUCUAAAAUAUUAUACAAAUACGUAAUCAGCGGUAGUGUAGAUAUUACGG